GUUCGCUGGUAGUGACACCUGAGGCUCGGGACAGGAGCAGGAGACGGGACAAGAGACGACUGAAGGGGGUGAGAAUGUCUCUGAAUGAAGAAGGUUAUGUUGUUCGGAUCAGAGGACUGCCCUGGUCCUGCACACAGGAGGAGGUUGCCAGUUUCUUCUCAGACUGCGACAUUGUUGGGAAAGUAAAUGGGGUGUGUUUCACCUACUCUAAAGAAGGCCGUCCCAGUGGAGAGGCAUUUAUCGAGCUGAAAACGGCUGAGGAUUUCAAGAAUGCCCUUUCUAAGGACCGUAAAUACAUGGGACACAGAUAUAUAGAGGUGUUCAAGUCAAACCGCAGUGAGAUGGACUGGGUGCUGAAACGCAGUGGUCCUGCUGACUAUGACAGCUGCAGUGGCUGCAUGUUGAGACUCAGAGGCCUACCCUUUGGCUGCAGCAAAGAGGAGAUAGUUCAGUUUUUCUCAGGGUUGAGAAUCGUGCCAAAUGGGAUUACUCUGCCAGUGGACUACCAGGGGAGGAGCACAGGGGAAGCCUUCGUGCAGUUUGCCUCAAAGGAGAUAGCAGAAAAGGCUCUGGGGAAACACAAGGAAAGAAUAGGGCACAGGUAUAUAGAGAUUUUUAAAAGCAGUCGCAAUGAGAUCAGAGCCUACUAUGAGCUGCCCCGGCGGGGGAUGGGAGCCCAGAGACCAGGACCCUAUGAUAGACCCAUGAUGGGAGGCCCCAGAGGAGGGUUUUUUGGGGCAGGGCCUGGCCGCGGUGGGGCUCUGAUGGACACAAUGAGGAGUGGAGGGGGCUAUGGAGGAGGUUAUGGCGGCUUUGACAACUACAAUGGCUUCAACAACUACUGUUUUGGAAACGGCAUGUUUGAUGAGCGAGUGAGAGGAGAGAGGGGAGGGAGAGGGAUGGCAAGCCAUGGUUACAGUGCUCAAGGUGAUGGUUGUUCAGGCUUUCAUAGCGGCCACUUUGUGCACAUGAGGGGGUUACCUUUCCGUGCCACAGAGGGAGACGUUGCUAAAUUCUUCUCUCCUUUGAUCCCGCUAAGGGUCCACAUAGAUGUGGCUCCUAACGGCAAGUCAACGGGAGAAGCUGAUGUGGAGUUUCGCUCUCAUGAAGAUGCUGUUGCAGCCAUGUCCAAAGACAAGAACCACAUGCAGCAUCGCUAUAUUGAGCUGUUUCUAAACUCAACAGCCAGUGGAGCUGCUGAAAUGAGCCGUGGCGGUGGUGGUUACUACGGUAACUCAGGGGGUGCUGGAGGCUCCCGAAGCAGUGGACUGCGGGGUGCAUACUGAUGAUGUCACACAUCUCCUCCAAUCCAUCCUUACGUUUGUCCCGCGUGUCUUUAGGCCACUUGAUUACAGUUUCCAAGCAGGAGAGCUUAUCUGAAGUCAGUCAUUAUUGCAUAAGAUUCAUUGUUAUGGUUUUUAUUCAAACAGUUCACUUCAGACACCAGAGAUAAUCUCAUCAAGCUCCAUUGGCACACCAUUCCUAAAGACACAUGAAGAACACAACUUUAAUAUUAAUGAUUCAUUCAAUGUUGGAGCUGGUUGUCGGUGCUGAAGAAUAUUCUGGGAGAUGUCUUGUUUUUAAAACAAUUUAUUGUUAUAUAGUUUUUCACAUGGAAAGUUAAUUUUUGAAAAAGUAAUUUGAGAGAAGUUGGAAAUCUUUUUUUUUUCACAGAUUUGAGAGGAGGGUAACUAAAUGUUUUUUUGAUGACUUUGUUGAGAUGCACUUUAGGGAAGAUGAUUGAUGCUCAUCUGGAGGCACAGCAGUGAGAAGCAGUGUCAAAACAAUACACAGCUGUGUCAGCAGGAGAAAAUGAUUUAAUGCAUUUUGUUUAUUCUGAUUUCAACUGAUGGUCAUCCUAUUAUACACAGAUUUAAACUGCUUUUCAGAUUCCCUUUCCUGCUUUGAACAGUUUGAUAAAUGUGAGCCAGUGUGUUUUCUAUGAAUGUUUUCACACUUCAUUACAGAAUUUAAAACAAAGUUGAAUAUUGAAUUCCACUCUCAAAGAGUGGAAGUAAAAUAAAGUCUCUAUAUUUGAGCUGUAAGAUGGCUUAUGCAGCUGUUGUACACUUUGCUGAAUAAAUUUUAUAUUUAAUUCUC